UCUAUACGCACAUGUUCUUUCUUCAGCGUUGCGCUUUUCCACCGUUGAACACCAACAGACGAAAUUACGUUCUAGCUAGGAAAACAGGAUUCAUAAAAGAGUGGAUAGCUCGUUGUAUCACUAUGGAGUCCUACGAUAUAAUAGCAAAUCAGCCUGUGGUGAUUGAUAAUGGCUCUGGUGUUGUUAAAGCUGGUUUUGCAGGAGACCAGAUCCCCAAAUACUGCUUUCCAAACUAUGUGGGUCGUCCAAAGCAUGUUCGGGUGAUGGCAGGUGCGCUGGAGGGAGAUCUCUUCAUUGGCCCAAAAGCAGAGGAACACAGGGGACUCCUGUCUGUGCGGUACCCUAUGGAGCAUGGUAUUGUGAAGGACUGGAAUGACAUGGAGCGCAUCUGGCAAUAUGUGUACUCUAAGGAGCAACUACAGACCUUCUCUGAAGAGCAUCCUGUGCUUUUAACAGAGGCCCCUUUAAACCCAAGUAAAAACCGUGAGCGUGCAGCAGAGGUGUUCUUUGAGACCUUUAAUGUACCAGCGCUCUUCAUCUCCAUGCAGGCAGUAUUAAGCUUAUAUGCCACAGGGCGGACAACAGGAGUGGUGCUGGAUGCUGGUGAUGGGGUAACCCAUGCUGUGCCCAUCUAUGAAGGCUUUGCCAUCCCUCACUCUAUCAUGCGGGUGGACAUUGCUGGGCGGGAUGUCUCACGCUACCUACGCCUGCUACUGCGCAAGGAAGGCUAUGACUUCCACACUUCAGCUGAGUUUGAGGUUGUGCGGACUAUCAAAGAGAGAGCAUGCUACCUAUCUCUGAACCCACAAAAAGAUGAGACCUUGGAGACGGAGAAGGCACAGUACACUCUUCCUGAUGGCAGCACAUUGGAUAUUGGCCCUGCUCGAUUCCGAGCCCCAGAGCUUCUUUUCCGUCCAGACCUGAUAGGGGACGAGAGUGAAGGAAUCCACGAGGUUCUGGCUUUUGCCAUUCAGAAGUCAGACAUGGACCUGCGACGUACACUCUUUUCCAACAUUGUCCUCUCUGGGGGCUCCACUCUCCUCAAAGGUUUUGGUGAUCGAUUGUUAAGUGAAGUGAAAAAGUUGGCACCCAAAGAUGUGAAAAUAAAGGUAUUUGCUACCUUAACCUUGGGGACUCGUUUACAUAUGUAUGAGCAGCAUUUUCAAUGUACUAAAUGUUUAAUGUUGGUUCAACAAUUAUCAUCCAUUUCUGAACUAGUUGUGCUGUGUCACAGUCCAUUUAUUUCCCUGAUUUACUCUUUGUUAGAUCUCUGCACCCCAAGAACGACUCUACUCCACGUGGAUAGGGGGCUCCAUCCUUGCGUCACUGGACACCUUCAAGAAGAUGUGGGUGUCAAAGAAGGAGUAUGAGGAAGACCGAGCACGUGCCAUCCAUCGGAAGACCUUCUGAAGAGGUGGGCGGUGCUCCUAUUAUGCCCAAAAACCUCUGGUUCAAGUCCACCAACUACUCCACUACACCCCCUUCCCCAUUACCCCUAUGAUAUGGAGAGUUCAUGGCUCCCUAUGGCAUGCCUUCUACAGACUCCCCUACACACGCCAAAUGACGGGGACACUGGCCAGCACUGGCAAAGUGUUGGGCAGCCAUUACCAGACAGACCCAGAACCUGUCCCAAUGACAAGGCUUGCAUCUCUUGAUAUUGUGGACUUUCCUUAUUUUUAACAUUUAAGGCAAACCUGCAUUACAGGAUGCAAAUUCUGUAUUCUACGAUUUGUUGUGCCCCAUAUGAAAUGGAUCAUAAAAUCCUUAACUUAAAUGGCAAUGAAGGGGAACGUUCUGCUUUACUUUGAUGUAUAGAUUCAAUUAAGAAAUGUGUUUUUACCUUUUGGGUUUUGUUACUGUGGCACAUUAAACAUAGUGUGCGAAGACACCUUAAGAACUUCUUGUUAUAAAGUUAUUUCUUUAUUUCCCACAGUCUGAAUAUCCAUCAGCGUCUUCAACUUUCAAACCCAAGUUGAUGUAAAUUGUAUUGAAAAUAUUUGAUGAUCGGUUUAUCACCUGGUGCCAUUUUAACUCAAUGUUGUUAGGGAAUUAAACAUUAAAUCUUGAGUGGACCACAUGAGUUAAAAGCACUUUCAGUGUUGUGCUGAUGGAGAAUAUUCUGACGGAAUUCAUAUGUUCCAAACCUGUAUGGUUUGCUAAACUUUUAAACUGGACCGACAGUGACAUGACAAUGGGUUGGUUGUCAUGCUUUUUCUGCCAGAUGUUUGCAAGCUAAACAGAAUUGGUUUUAGUGACUUCAUUUUAGAUCAAAAUAUGUAUUGUGUUAGUUUCAAGGGUAACAGUUUGACCAUAUCCUGCUGGCAUAAUAACUCUUAUAGGCAAAUACUAACAACAGUAUUGCUGAAAUAUUAUUUUUUAAUCGAGUUGUACAUUGGAGUGUUGCUUGCACUUUAAUUUUGUAAAUUUAGUUACAAUAAAUGAGUGCACUCUG